CGUCGUCGCGUCGGUCGUCGUCGUCGCCGUCGUCGCCGCCGCCGCCGCCGCCGCCGCCGCCGUCGUCGUCGUCGUCGUCGUCGUCGUCGUCGUUGUUGUUUGUCGUCGAUUGUCAUCGUCGUCGUACAGGUUGACAUUGACGUUGACGUUGACGUUUACGUGCUCUCUCGUGAUAGUGCCGAGAUCGCGAGACUUCACCGUGCCGGCCGUGCAGCUCGCGUGGUCCAGCGAUUCAAUAGUCGUUUAAUAGAAAAAAGAAAGAAAGAAAGCAAAAAGAAAGAAAGAAAGAAAGAAAGAAAGAAAGAAAGAACUUUCUUCUCUUGUGAAUCGUCGUCUGGUGGUGCACUUCGUAGGAGGAGGCGCGAGAGGAGUUACGGGGCGAGGAAGUAAGAGAAAGAAAGAAGAAGAAAAAAGAAGGAAGUAAAAGAAGAAAAGAAAAGGAAGAAGAGAAAAAGAAAAAGAAGAAGAAGAAGAAGAAGAAGAGGAGAGAAGCGGAGGAGGGUUUCGCGCGGAGAAGCGGCAGGAAGAGAAGAGCGUAGAAAAGAGCGUAGAAGAGAAGCGAGGCGCGAAGGGGAAAACUCGUUUUGCGCUCCGCAAACGCCCAUGAACGACGACGCUCUGGAGCGACCAAUGUCGUAUCGCCGCCGUCGUACCGUGCGAUAACUUCCGUCACCUCUCCGGUCCCCCCCGUCCUUUCUCCCUCUUCGCGUUAUAUCCACGCGAGUCUCUCUCUCCCGGCCAUAAUACCGCGUUGCUUCUACUACGUGCGUGUGCCUACCUACUCGUCGUCGCUCUUGACUUUUCCUGUCGACGUUCGCCACCGGUGCGAGAGGUGCUGCUGUUGCUACUGCUGCUGCUGCUACCACCGCUGCUACCGCUGCUGCUACCACCAUCUCGUUUGUGAGAGAAACGAGCGAGCGCCGUAGAGAGGAACGUAAUAGGUGGAGGACCGAUCGAGAUCGUCCUGUGCACCGGGUCACCGCCGCUGACUGACCGGACCCAACAGGAGCGCGUGUGCGGGCCAAAGAGAGAGAGAGAGAGAGAGAGAGAGAGAGAAAGAGAGAGAGAGUGAGAGAGAGAGAGAGAGAAAGAGAUAGAUAAAUAGAGAUAGAUAGAGACGGAGUGUGUGCGUGUGUCAGAGGGAGCUUGAGAAAAGGGGCUGAAGAGGGAGAGAGGGAGAAAGAGAGUGAGAAAGAAAGCGAGGGGCCGGCGCCCACAUCCUGAUACAGCCAGCAUGACCUCGAACAAUUCGCAGAAGCUCUCGACGACGGAACGAGUGAUCAAAAAUGUACUCUUUCCACCGUCGCACAAGCUGACAGUGGCUGAGGUCUUUGAUUCGGGAACGGAUCGGCCGAGACCGGAAGUCCUCAAGCAACACUUCACUCUCGAAGGUAGAAUCGACGAAGCUGCGGCCCUUCGUAUAGUCAAUGAUGGUGCCGCCAUUUUACGCUCGGAGAAGACAAUGAUCGAUAUUGAAGCACCGGUAACCGUAUGCGGAGACAUUCAUGGACAAUUCUACGACUUGAUGAAGUUAUUCGAGGUGGGUGGACCACCCUCCUCGACAAAAUAUCUCUUCCUUGGUGACUACGUAGACAGGGGUUAUUUCAGUAUCGAGUGCGUAUUGUACCUGUGGGCACUGAAAUUGUGCCAUCCUACCACACUCUUCCUUCUCAGAGGAAACCACGAAUGUCGUCAUCUCACGGAAUACUUCACAUUUAAACAAGAAUGUAAAAUAAAGUAUUCAGAAAGGGUGUACGAUGCGUGUAUGGAUGCGUUUGAUUGUUUACCAUUGGCAGCACUUAUGAAUCAACAGUUUCUUUGUGUGCACGGCGGUCUGUCACCAGAAAUUCAUAACUUGGACGACAUACGUAAGUUGGACAGGUUCAAAGAGCCACCAGCGUUCGGACCAAUGUGCGAUCUUUUAUGGUCGGAUCCAUUGGAAGAUUUUGGCAACGAGAAGAAUGCUGAACAUUUCUCUCACAAUAGCGUCAGAGGUUGUUCAUACUUUUACAGUUACGCGGCGUGUUGCGACUUCCUGCAGACCAAUAAUCUGCUAAGCAUCAUAAGAGCGCAUGAGGCACAGGACGCGGGAUACCGUAUGUAUCGAAAAUCUCAAACGACGGGCUUCCCAUCGCUAAUCACCAUCUUUAGUGCACCUAAUUAUCUCGACGUUUAUAACAACAAGGCAGCCGUAUUGAAAUACGAAAAUAACGUAAUGAACAUCAGGCAAUUCAACUGUUCGCCUCAUCCCUAUUGGCUACCCAACUUUAUGGACGUUUUUACGUGGUCUUUACCGUUCGUUGGUGAAAAAGUCACAGAGAUGCUGGUGAACGUACUAAACAUAUGCUCGGACGAUGAAUUGAUGAGCGACGGCGAUGAUGGCCUCGAGGAAGUCGCAGCCAAAGUCGUUGUCCAAAAAAAAAAUGGUGCAGCAGCAAAUCUACGCAAGGAGGUUAUAAGAAACAAGAUCAGAGCCAUCGGCAAAAUGGCGCGUGUUUUCUCCGUCCUAAGGGAGGAGAGCGAAAGCGUGCUGCAAUUGAAAGGUCUCACACCCACUGGAGCUUUACCACUUGGCGCGUUAUCUGGUGGAAAGACGUCCUUGAAAAAUGCUCUCCAAGGGUUCUCACCGAAUCACAAAAUCACCUCAUUCGCUGAAGCGAAGGGGUUAGAUGCCAUAAACGAGAGGAUGCCACCGAGGAAGGACGCCCCUCCAACGCCUGUGAACGAGGAAAAGCCGGUGAUAAAGCCGCCGACUCCUGUUGGAGACAAGCGAGACCACAGCACACCGCAACCGCAAUCGUGAGCCUCACACACGUCCAAUCAAGACGGCGAGGAUGGGCCUUAAGUCCCAAAUGCUGUCAUCGCCGCCUCUGCCGCCAUCGUCGCCACCACCACCGAAUAAGAUACAAAGCAUUGCUCGUCUCUCCCACACGGCUGUUAUCACUGGUGCGCCCAGUUCAUCGAGCGCGGAAGUCGUCACAGACGCGAGAAAAAGGAAAAGGAAGUGGAGGAGGUGGAGGAGGAGGUUGAACAAGUUCGAGAA